AUGGGAUUCAUCAAGUGGAAGAACAAUUCCACUGGUCUCAACGCUAAGGUUGUCGGGCAAGUGACUGAUACAGCGCUACAAUUCUCGAUCUACGAAAAAGAAACGACUAACUUUACAGAUCGCUCGCCUAGGAUGACGCGAGAGCAACCGUACCGCACCGCACCGCCGCAGACGGCGGCAGCGCAUCGUCAAGGUCAAGGGUAA